AUGCCAAAGUUGAGGGAGAUUCUGCUGGCGCGGGCAAAGGAACCUGCCAAGAUCCAUCCACUGGAUCGCACUCCGACGGAACCUGUGCUUCCGGCAUCUGCGCAUGCGGCGCCCAAGGCGCCAGCCUCGCAGAAGACAUCGCUGCCACCUUUACAUCCAGCUCCUCGUGCACCCGGGAACCCGGGGAGAACGGGGAAGGUUCGGCCUCCAAAGCCUGAGGUCACCCAGCUUCCGCCACUGCAAAAUCCCAGAGCUGGUAAGGUUCCUGCAUACCUGAAGCGACGGCAGGCCGAGCUGGCGGAACACAGGCGCCGAGCAGCAAAUCCGCCGGAGCCGAAACCGCCUCCAGGCUACAGCCUUAAGUGCUCAGAAGUAUCUGCUCGAGACGAAUGGCCGUUGCCCCGGCCCCGCACUCAGGAGAUCACCGUGAGCACACUGGGUGGCCCCUUAUGCACUGUUCACUCCCAGCCGGACUGGUUCGGUCGAGAUCUGAAGGCCGCGAUAGCCGAGCUCACCAAAACGGCUCAGAGCCGCAUGAAGCUCCUCUAUGGCAGCAGGCUCAUCCGAAACGUCGACCCGCUGACGGAGGUUCUACCUGCAGAGGAGCCAACAGUCGAGAUCUUGCUUGUGCGGCAGUCCUACGACAUUGACUAUUGGCUGGAUGAGAUCAGCAACGACUACAAGCGGUUGCGCAAAGCACCAGAGGAGCUCAAAGCGGACCGGGAUGUGGUUCUUGCUGCUAUGGAGCAGAAUGUGCAGGCAUUCAAGUUUGCCUCCGACGCGCUGCGAGCAGACAGAGAUGUUGCGAUGAGAGCGCUGAAAAAAGACAUCUCCCUUGUGGACUUCAUCGACAUGGAUCUUUGGGAAGACAGCGAGUUGAUGGAGGCCGUGGUCCCCUACCGCCUUUGGAUGUACAGGCAGCUCUCGAUGGAGGUGAAGAGCCAGAAGGAGUUGACGAUGAAAGUCCUGGAGCAGCAAGGCGAAUGCCUGCAACAUGCCCCAGCGACCCUACAGGCCGACCGUGAGAUUGUCCUCCUAGCUGCCAGGCACGUCUCCAAGAAGUCCUGCUGGAACUUGCUGAGCAUGAUUGGUGCGGCCCUUCACUCUGACAAGGAGGUGGUCAUUGCUUGCGCCGAGAACGGAUGUUCGCGCAUGUCGGAUCUGCACAAAGACCUGCAGGCCGACGAGGAGGUGCUUCGAGCCCUUGUUGCUGGAAACCCCAUGGAGCUUGAACACAUGCCAGCCUCCAUCAAAGCGGAUCGAGAGUUUGUGUUGGAGCUCCUUUCUCGGAACGGGGACGCCCUACAGUUCGCCGGUGACUUUCGGGAUGACGGCGACUGUGUCGAGGCUGCCGUGCUGAAGACCCCGAUGAACUUGCGAUGGGCAUCCACGCGGCUUCGGGGUGACAGGGAUUUGGCUCUGAAGGUCUUGAAUGCCGUUGUUCCGAUAAACUGGCAUGAACGUGCCGCUGGGGUCGGCGUGACGCCCCUUCAGUACAUGUCCAGAGAGCUGCGAGGCGACAAGGAGUUGGUUCUGCUUGCCGUGAAACAGUAUGGUUCUGCCCUACAGUUUGCAGAGUCAGCUCUGAGAAUGGACCGCGAGGUGGUGAUGGCUGCCAUCGGCGAGGAUCCCAUGGCCCUUGAACACGUGCUCAGCCCAGCCGACAUGCGAAACCGCCCGGAUCGGAGCAAGACAGGUAAGGCCGGCUACAAGCAGAAACAGGGCACCGAAGCUGAUUUGCUUCAAGAUGUCGAGCUGCUGGCGAAAGCCCUGAAGCGAAACUCGAGGGCUUUGGUGUUCUGCCCAAAGCACCUCCGCCAAGAGGUGCAGGAGUUGGCAGGAAAGAAGACGUGA